UUAUUUUGCCUCUCCUGAAAAUCGAAAGGUGACGAUUCCAGGAAAUUGCUUACAUCCCCGCGACGAAACUAACAACGUGCGGGGUUUCCUUCCUCUUUCUGUUAUUCUUCCCGCAAAUCGGAUUUUCCUUUGUCGCGAAGUCGACUCUCUUUCUCUUGAUUGUUUUCCCUACCUGCAAUUCCGCCGAUGCAAGAAACAGAACUUCACGAUUUGUCCGACGACGCCGAUUACGCUGCGUCGCAGCAACAGGCAUCAUCCAGCAUAUUGCUGCGGAGCGACAGUAGUAAACAGAGCUCAAAUAGUGAGCCAGACAGCGCCCAGCUAGUUUUUACGAAGGACAAUGUCGCAAUUCAUCCGACUCAAUUUGCUUCCGAAAGGAUUAGUGGAAGACUGAAGUUGAUUAAGCAAGGCUCUUCUCUGUUUAUGUCAUGGAUACCUUAUACAGCGAACAAUUCGAAUGCCAUGCUGUCUGAGAAAGACAGAAACCUUUACACCAUAAGGGCGGUGCCCUUUACUGACAUCAGGUCCAUUCGAAGACAUACUCCUCCACUUGGGUGGCAAUACAUCAUUGCUGUUUUGUCAUCAGGACUUGCAUACCCACCUCUGUACUUUUACAAUGGAGGAGUCAGAGAAUUUCUUGCUACAAUAAAGCAACAUGUUCUUCUUGUAAGAUCUGCAGAAGACACGAAUGUGUUCAUUGUGAAUGAUUUAAAGAAUCCUCUGCAGAGGACAUUGUCGUCAUUGGAGAUGCCCAGGGCUGUUUCUAUUGCUUGUGAACCUUCAAAUAUAUCAGCUAAUGAGUCAACUUUGAAUGAGAACCAAGAGAGGAUUGAUAGCGGUGCCAGUGAUGGACAUGCUGCUGUUUCUCAAUAUCAUGGAAGAUCAAGACAUAGAGUUAAUGAUCCUGCCAGAGAUAUUUCUAUUCAAGUUUUGGAGAAGUUCUCUCUUGUGACCAAAUUUGCCCGUGAGACAACUUCACAACUCUUCAGUGAUCAGAGUAAUGGAUUUGGUGCCAUUGAGAGAAGUUUUGAUGAGACUCCUUUUGAUCAUCACAACAAGUCUUCCAGUAUAGGAGAAAAAAUUCCUGAUGAAAGUCCUGUUCCCUCAGAUCCUCUGGAGUUUGAUAAAUUAUCACAAGUAUGGGGAAAACCACGGCAACUGCCUUUAGGUUAUGAUGAGUGGGUUGGGUUCUUGGAUUCUGAAGGGCGAGUAACAGAUUCAGAAGCUUUAAGAAGGAGAAUAUUUUAUGGAGGACUUGACCAUGAGUUGCGGAAUGAGGUUUGGGGAUUUCUGUUGGGGUACUAUUCAUAUGAUUCAACAUAUGCUGAGAGGGAAUAUCUGAAGUCAGUCAAGAAGUCGGAGUACGAGACUAUAAAGAGCCAGUGGCAGAGUAUCCUCCCAGCACAGGCUAGAAGAUUCACAAAAUUCAGAGAGAGGAAAGGCCUAAUUGACAAAGAUGUGGUGAGGACUGACAGAAUUCUUGCUUUCUAUGAUGGGGAUGAUAAUCCAAAUGUGAAUGUUCUACGGGAUAUCCUGUUGACUUAUUCAUUCUACAACUUUGACCUCGGUUAUUGUCAGGGUAUGAGUGAUCUUCUUUCCCCGAUAUAUUUUGUAAUGGGUGACGAAUCAGAGGCAUUUUGGUGUUUCGUAGCGCUUAUGGAGCGUCUUGGACCCAACUUCAAUCGUGAUCAAAAUGGCAUGCAUUCUCAACUUUUUGCAUUAUCUAAGUUGGUAGAGUUACUGGAUAGUCCAUUGCAUAAAUAUUUUGAGCAGCAUGACUGCUUGAAUUAUUUCUUUUGUUUCCGCUGGGUAUUGAUUCAAUUUAAAAGGGAGCUUGAGUUCGAGAGUACAAUGCGUUUAUGGGAGGUAUUAUGGACACAUUAUCCAUGUGAGCAUCUGCACCUGUAUAUGUGUGUGGCAAUCCUGAAACGAUACCGCAGUAAAAUAAUGGGGGAGAAGAUGGAUUUUGACACGCUUUUGAAGUUUAUAAAUGAGCUGAGUGGUCAGAUUGACAUUGAUUCAAACAUCAUGGAUGCAGAGGCUCUUUGUGUAUGGGCUGGGGAAGAUGGCGCCGCUCGAAUACCUCCUGGAACCCCACCUUCGUUGCCUAUAGACGAUGUUUCAUUGUACUCUCAACUAGAAGAUGAAGUGCCAUAGAGGAUGAUUAUUCCCGUAUCGUUCUUUUGUUAAACACAGUUUAUAUUUUUUAUUUUUUGGUCAAGAGAUUAUGUUAGCUAAUCAAUUGCAUUUGGCAAUGACAUGACAUCGGUGUGUGGCAGGCAUCAUUUUACGUGUAUUUUUCGGUAUUAGUGUCUAUUUGUUAGUUGACUGUCAGGUGUAAA